UUCAAUUCCCAAAAUUCAAUUUUCAUCGUCAUUAUGUGAAGAGAGUAAGUGACGGCGACUCCCUUACCAAAUUUGUGCGUAGUAGCGGCGCACCGGCGGUGGAGUGACGACCGGAAGCAAUCGGCGGCGGACGAACUCCAAGUCUCCAAGUCAAAUAAUUGGAAACCGGAAAUUGGUAAGCAUGGGAAUGUCAACUGUUAGUACUGCUAGUGAAGCGAUGAAAUUGUGCAUGUUUGAUUUGAGAAGGGGACAGCACGAAGGGCAGGAACUGGACAAGAUUUUGUUCUUCUUUCCUGCCGAUCUACCCUUCUCCACCCAGCUCUCAGUUAUUGGCUUAAGUGAAGGUCUCAUCACAUUUACAAGAAUUUUCUCCCCAGAGAUGCCUUGUGAGACUAUAGAAGCAGAGAUGCACUCUCAUGUUUUUUACGAGGCUGAGCCAGAUAUCUGGAUGGUGAUGGUGGUUGAGAAAGGUAAAGAUUCAGAAACUAUUUGGCGAAUUGAUGGACUACGGAGAGUUCUUUGUGAAGUUCACUCCCUUUUUGUGAUGUUUCAUGGGUCUGUAAGAGCAUUGCUGGAUAAAGAACCAAGCGGAGGACUUAUCAGGACCCACUUGUAUUACUUCCUCAUGGAUUAUUUAAAUGAUUUUCUUGUUGGGAAGAGGCUUCAGUUGCCAAAUUUUCGUGAUUCAUUGAAGGAACGUGGAACAGUGCAGAUGUUGACUAUUGGGAGGGAGGCAGCUCUUGAAGUUCAGUCACUGGUCAGAGUGUUGGAAUCUUGUGUUGAGAACACGCAGUGCUAUUCAUUAAUCAUGUUUCAGGACCUGCUGGUGUCAACAACACUUUCUAAUGAUGACUUAAUAAAUAUAUUUACCUAUGCUGUCAUGAGGUUGACUCCACGUGCUUUGUCCUCUGGACAGAGCUCCUUGUCUUAUUUACGUAAAGGAAAUACUUCAUCUAAUACUUCUGGAGGUUCUUUGUUGGGAGGCUCUUCCUCAAUACUUGAUCAAUAUAAUGCCUUGCAUGACAGUUCUCCUGUUGGCAUACGAAGUUAUCAUGUUGUGAGGCCGUUACAGCUAGACAAGUGGUCAAAAGGGAAAGAUGGUUUUCUUGUUACUGAUCUUUGGGGUGCAGAGGUUGGUAGCUUAAAUCCUGCCAGCCCAACUGUUUGGCUUAAGCAGACAGAGGAAAGAAUGUAUCUUUGUGCUUAUCAGCAUAGGAGCCUAACUGUCGUGCUUCUGAUUCCCUUUGCAUCUGUGCUCAAUGGGGAGAUGGGGAUUUCCAUAGUGAAGCGGCAGGUUUUGGAGCAAGCAUCGCAUAAGAUAAUUAAAGUUGAGGAGAAAUUAUCACGAGGAUGGGGUGGUGAGAAUGCAUAUCAUGUGAGUGGGUACCGCUAUUUGCUGGUAGACAAUGAUAGAUAUAUCUCUAGAGCUUCUCCGCCGGGAAAAGUAACGACUCUGACAAAGGAUUCUUUAAUUGCACUGACUAAGCUUCGAGAAGAGGUUGAUUUGGAAAGAAACAGAGCAAAGUGUGAUGGUUCAGGCAAUGAAAAAGAUCAAGAAAUAUGUAUCAGAGCCAAAAACAAUGCUUGGGUGAUUGCUAGGCUAACAAGAGGGAAGGAGCUUUACAUGGUUCUUGAGAAGGCCAAUGAGACACUUCUUUAUGCCAAUGAUACUGUUGAGAAAUUCAGUGACAGGUAUUGCAAUGGAGCUUUUUCCCUGGGGUGAGGAUAUCAUCUAUUGUUUUCACACUCAUGAAGGAGAGACACAUGUUUUAACUUAGGCUCUUAAAUGCAAUCCUUGGUGCUCUGAUAGUAUGAUAUUGGUGACAAAGGAAUGUACCCCCGAAUAUGCUUCUAGUACUGCCUAUGAUUUAGAGAAUGGGUGGACUGGCUCCAAUCACUUGGAAGGGGAUUUGAUAUUACAACUGCCUUAAAGUAUAUUGUACACAUUCGUAUGCCUUUGUAAAAUAUGUUGAUCAUCUUCAGGUUGACUUUUACAAAGUUAGCAAUGCUGGAGCACCAUGCUAUGCUAUAUUCCAUGUAUUAACUUAAUUGUACACUAGGUUUCCUUUUCGCCUCUUUGUGAUUUCUUGGAAGAGGUUAAAUUAAGAACAUGACACUCUUGUGAAUGUACAGAUAUCUAGAUUAUUCCAUGUACUCGAGGACAAAUCUCAUUCUAUGAACUUUGAAAUAAAGUGUAGUGAGGAAGUGCCUUGCCUGGUGAGAUAAA